AUGGAUGUUCUUAAAAAUGAAACUUCAUAUCCUUAUUCAUUGGAUGACUUUGCUACAUUUCUUGACCAAACUUAUUGUUUAGAAAAUUUGGAAUUCUGGUUAGCAGUUCAACGAUACAAAUUCUAUGCCGAUAGCUUUUACAAUUCUUCAAAUAACAGUUCAUCAGAAUUAUUCGAUUAUGAUAUACCUUCUUCCUUACCUUUAACAUCAGACGCAACAAUCAAUAACUAUUUAGAAAGCGUCGUGGCUUUACGUGGUGAUGCUCCAGCACAUCUCAAUUUCUUAAAACAAAAACUUCAUGAGCUCAUAACAACCUACAUCCUCCCUAACUCAUCAAAAGAAAUUAAUAUUAUUGCUUCUUCACGAGAAGAUUUACUCACCAAUGUGUUCCAAUAUAACAACUAUCAUCCAUCCAUACUCGAAACCAUUAGCCAUCAAGUUUAUGAGUUGAUGCAAGGUUCAAGUUUCUCACAAUUUUUGAUUGAGGCUGGUAAUGUAGAAUUAAGAAUGUCAAGCGAAGAAAGCCAAGAUGAUAGUGAUAAUUCUUCACCAAUAAUACCUCGUCGUAAAAGUAUUAUAUCAAAAUCAAUUAAAAAACAAAAAUUUGGUGGCUUGAAAUUAAAAGAAAAAUAUAAAAAAUUAAUUUCUACCACUUCAAAAAAAUAUUAA